CGUUAGUCAAAAGGCAAGGCGUAGCGAAGAGUGCACGCCUUGCAAUACAUAACGCAGUGUUGGUACCGACUUUGUUAUAUGGCAGCGAAACCUGGGUAUGCCAGAAGAAGCAUAAAAGUAAGUUGAAUGCAGUGGAGAUGCGAUCUCUUCGUAAAAUGUGCGGCGUUACUAUGGCCGACCGAAAGCGAAACGAAGAGAUUCGCAAUAUGGCAGGUUUGAAACAUGACCUUAUCACAAAAAUUGAUAAGGGCGUGCUUCGGUGGUUUGGGCACGUUGAGCGAAUGAGUGAAGACCGAAUGGUGAAGAAAAUAUAUAGCGCGAAAGUUAAUAUUAAAAGGUGUCGAGGUAGACCGAGACUAACUUUCGAAGACCAUGUGAGCAAAUUGCUCGAAGAGGGUAGGGUCAAGAGUACUCGGAUACCUAGACGUGCAUGUAUGAAGAAGAUAAUGAAUCUGAAAGAAGCGAAAGAGAUAUGUAAGGAUCGUGACACUUGGCGAUCUGUUCUCUCUGGCUACCCCGUCAGGGAUUGUGCGUGAAGAUAAGUAAGUAAGUAAGUAAGUAUUUUAUUUUUAUUCUUAAAACAGUCGUCAAAUAAGACUUUAAAUUUGAUUAAAAAUGUUUAUACCUAUUGAGUUCCAAUCACAAAUAAUCAAAUUCUGUCUAAAGACUGAUUUAUUAUUUUUGGUUAAAGCUCUUUUCUUCACAUAAACCAAGUUAUUUUUACUUUUACUUUUAAAAUGGGGCACCACAAUAUUGCAUAAUAUUGCCGCAUGUCCAUUUGAUAAUCCAUUACGAUCUGUAUUACAAUUUAUUAUAUUCUUGCUAUACUCAACCAAAUCUAAGAAAUAGCGUUUGACGUUUCAGAAUAGAAUAGAAUAGAAUAAUUUUUUAUUCAGUAUACAUUACAUGUGUAAUUCUUAUUGAAAGUCAUUUAGAAACAUUUAGAAACUGCUUGGAAGCGACCUACUCAUUCCCAGGGGUUAUUAUCAACCAUGUAUUCAUUUAUACUAUAAUAACCCUUUUUAUACAGUUUCAACUUAACAAAACAUUUAAACUUGCUAAUAGAGAGAACCUGUACACUUUCCGGGACCUUGUUGUAAUAGCGUAUACAUUGCCCCAAGAAUGAAUUACUGACUCUGUGGAGUCGAGAAACUGGCAUCACUAGCUUGUGUUUGUUCCUAGUGUUUACAGAAUGUAUAUCACUUUUUUUACUUAAACUAUCUUUGUUUUUGUGAACAUACAUUAAAUUUUCGUAAAUAUAAUGAGAGGCCAAAGUUAAUACAUUUAUUUCUUUAAAUUUAUCUCUAAGAGACUCUCGGUUUUAGAUUGUAAAUAGCUCUAGCGGCCCUCUUCUGUUAAACACAGAUUAAUUUCACAUUAAUUUAUAUAAUAAAACAAGUCUCCUGUUAAAAAAAAAAACAAUGUGUUUGUCUUAUUGUUUAAUUUUGCUUAAAAUGAUUGAACUGCCGUCUUAUUACUAUCAUAUGGCCGAAUAAACCUGCGAAGUACCAUGUGCUCUUGUGAUAUGAUAUAAGGUUUAUUUUUGUUUGAAACAGUUCGAAACCAUUCAUGCAUAAAAAAGUUCGCUAAUAAAUAGUCUUUUGUCAAUCCGCCGCCGUAUAGCGCCGGCGUUUUUUUCCUUUUGAAAACACUUGUUUUGCUAUUCUUACUAAUUAGACGUUUUCAGAUCGACUUUACUUUUACAUUUGUAUAACAUUAAAUAAUAUUUAACAUUUGUAAAUAUCAAUGAAUCAUAAACCUUAUUUUUUUCCAAAUUAAUGUUUUUGAUUGUUUGAUAUUUACAGAUGUUAUUAUUAGGCGAAAAUUUAAUUUAAUAAAAACCAAGGUUUUCCAGGGUGAUUUAGCUGUACCUACUUAUAUAAAUGUUUUUUUUUUUAUAAAACAAAAAAUAGUACAAAAGGUUUGUAAUCACUGCAUAAAAAAAGUCACUUACUCUCAAUUUCAAAGAAAACACGUAGUUACCCACUAAAAACAAGUAUCCUUCCGUUUGUAAACUGAUGUUUGAUGUCAACUAAACUUAAUUAGGUCUUAACAAGUGAGAAAAGCGUAAAAAAGAAAAAAUAUUUUUACACAUGGCUGAUGGUACAAUAGGCGUGUCAUCAACUUCUAUGCGCCCGACACGCCAGACGUGUCAUGAAAUAUUUGUGCGCCGCCACAGCUAAAAGUUGUCGGAAAUCGGUGCCGUAACGAAUCUGGUAAUGGACGCCCCCAAACGUUAUGCUUUAAUAUUACUUAACAAUUUGUAGAUACAAUGGUGUAUAGAGACGUAUACAGCGCAGGAUGAUAAAAUCUUAAAAAUGGCCAUCAUGUUCCACGACCAUAUUCCAGUGAAGCAUCGCAAGCAAAUCGUCGCGUAUGGGAUCCUGGAAGCGCCAUCUGACGUCAGAACGGAGUUAGUAACUUUUCUCAUUAAUGAGACAUGCCAAAGUUACAAAGAUAAUGGACAUUUGAACAAAUAUAUGCCUUUAUGGCGAUCAUUGUUCGAUACGGUGAACUACACUGACACGGUGGUUAUGACGCGCUGUUGCCUGGUGCUUGACGCCAUUAUGGAUUACUUGGUGUACAAUCUUGAGUGUUUUUUAGAGAACGCUGGAAACGAUUCGGAGGAACUCCCAGACAAGCUUCGCUACGUCCUCGUAGUCAGUUCCCAAAUAAUCCCACUAUUGGAGAUGGUGGAUGAGGACAGGGAACAUUGCUUACGCGCUCUACAAUUAUUACAUGAUUUGAGGGUGGUGUGCAGUUCUGCCGUGAGCGCGGUCUUCGGUGCUAUACGCGCUAUAGCAUUGUAUUUGGGAGACUAUGACGUCAUUUCCGACGAUCGUUUGCCGGUCCGAAUAGAUAAUUGUAACAAUGAUGCCGAUCUAUACGAGUCCUGCUUGGCUUUGAUACUGACGCCAGUUGGAUCGGUCCGAGAUAUUCCUAGUUUGCUAACGGCUUUGCAGAUAACCUUUGCGAGGAGAGACGUUGAACCGGACAUGCUGUCCCGUUCUGUAAGAACGUUGGAGUCACUCAUCAUGACGCAGAGGGAGAAGCUGGAUGACAAGGAGUUGAAUGACGCUAUUAACCUAGUGGAGAGGAUGUACCAUCGGAUAGAUGUGAAGGUGAAAGAAGGCAGAUCACUACGCAGGGAUGUGUUAAUGUUCUUAGGUAAAUACGGAACCGGAAGUGACGUGAACAAUAAUUCUGACGAUGAAGUGAUCGCCCAUCUCAAAAGCUCCUUGAUGCUGGCCAUUCCCGAUCCCAGGGAAGGGAUUACGGAUAAGGUAAAAAAAAAACUACAAACGAUUGUCUAUUUUUCUGGUUAGUUAACCUGCUUCUUAAAGUCACAUGUUGAAAUCAAGAUGGCAGUACUAAAUGUAAUUUCAUGUGGUAAUUUGUAAUUUUACACGCUGCAGCUAAAUUGUGGUUGUAGCACGAAUGGGUCGGCUCGACCAGGAAAGGACUACGCUCUCACAGAAUACCGGCGUAAAAUAGCAGCUUAAUGCUUACAAUCUACAUCUUAAAAUUGAGUAGCAUUCUAGUCUUUGACUAUAAGACUAGAAUGCUAUGCACUUACCACCAGCCGGGCUAUUCACAAUCGUCUCGGAAAGCGAAAUCGACUCGGAUUCGAUAACUUCUCGCACCAAAACCAAUAAACGCUAUUCACAUUUAACGUUCGGAUAAAGGUCACUUAGAUACAUCCCAUAACUAUUGUAUCGUCAUUUAGUUACAUGCAUUUACGAAUUUUGUAGAUAAAUAGGCUUUUGUAUUUUUUUAGAGUAACGCCUGAACAAAAACAUAAUGCAAUAUUUUGGUGUUAGCCAUUGAUAUCGAAUAUAAAAAAUAUAUAAUUUAACUAUAU